AUGGAGGAAAUAAAGAAGACUGCUGAUCAGCUGCCCAAAGGUAGACAGAAGCCGAUAAAGACUGAAUGGAAUGCUCGCUGUGUCCUUUUCACCUAUUUCCAAGGGGACAUCGGCAGUGUAGUGGAUGAGCACUUCUCCAGAGCUCUGAGCAACAUCAAGAGGCCCGAGGGAUUGAACCCCUGCAGCCACAGUGAAGAGGUCCUGAAGAAUGAUGGGAACAUGCCUCGGAAUCAGUGGCGUUUCUCUUCUCCAUGGACAAAGCCACAGUUAGAAGCAUCUCGUGUGAAUGGUGCCACCACCAGCAGCUUAGCUGCAUCUGGUCCCAAGGCAGUGGAUCAGUACCUGUUGUCCCUGCCCAAAAACCGCUCUGUACAGCCUGAGGAGAUGUGGCAUUUCUCUUCUCCAGCCAGGCCCACCUCUCUAGAGCCUGGCUACUCUCGUGCUUUCCGUGACCGGCACCUGACUCCGGAGCCUCAGUCUGAUAGGAAAUGUGAGCCCUUCCUAAGUCUGCUCCAGCAGGACAGAUACCGAAAUCGUCUUCGAGAACCUGCCAUAAGGGAGGAUUGCAACCCUGUCCAGAUAGCCGGAAGCAGAGGAUUACUUCUGAGCAAGCCUCACAGCUCGGUCCACUGUAAGAAAAUGUAUGCCUCUCCCACUUGGGGACCUGCAAGCCCCAGACUUGCACAUGAAAGUGUUAUGCACCACACUCCUCACAUCCCUGCCUUCUGGAGCUCCCCGCUAACACAAGCAUGCAGUGGAAUUACAAGAGAAAAUACAGAGAGAAUCCCCAAGACUCAUUGAAUAAAGGCCAAUCACACCAGCCUCUCAAGCAUGGUGAGGAGUUGAAAUUCAAGCUGGAAAAAUGGAUUAAGC